CUUGUAAACUAUUAUCCUGUGAACUAAACUAAUAUCCUAUGAAAUAUCUCCCUCCCUCAACAAAUCACAACCUCUUUCUAGCUUUCAACAAACAAAUUCAGAUUAUUAACAGAGAUCGUGCUGAAACAGCAAACUGAAAUGGGAGAAUCCAAGUUUAUCUUCUUGGCAUUUCUACUGGUUUGUUUAGUGCUCCAGAAGGUGUGUUCACAUGGAGAUCAGCCUCUGUCAAAAGUUGCUGUUCAUAAAGCAACGGUAUCCCUUCUUGACCUUGCUUACAUCGAAGCAUCUCCUUCAGUUCUUGGACUACAAGGGCAAACUGCAGAAUGGGUAACCCUGGAGUACAGUUCUCCAAUUCCAUCAAUUGAUGAUUGGAUUGGAGUAUUCUCUCCUGCCAACUUUAGUGCUUCUACGUGUCCUAAAGAAAAUCCUAGGGUUUAUCCACCAGUAUUGUGUUCUGCGCCUAUUAAGUAUCAAUAUGCAAGUUAUUCAAAUCCCAACUACAAUGUAACUGGAAAAGGGUUAUUGAAGCUUCAGCUGAUUAAUCAGAGAUCAGAUUUCUCAUUUGCACUGUUUUCUGGUGGCUUGUCAAACCCAAAGCUGGUGGCAGUGUCAGAUAAAAUAGCUUUUGCAAAUCCAAAUGCACCAGUUUACCCUCGCCUGGCACUGGGAAAGUUAUGGAACGAGAUGACUGUAACAUGGACAAGUGGAUAUGGGAUCAGUGAUGCUGAACCUUUUGUUCAAUGGGGUCCAAAAGGAGAGGAUCAUAUACAUUCACCUGCUGGCACACUGACUUUCACUCGUGAUAGCUUGUGUGGUGCACCAGCAAGAACAGUGGGAUGGCGUGACCCAGGAUACAUACACACCAGUUAUCUGAAAGAAUUGUGGCCCAACAGAAUAUAUGAGUACAAGAUAGGACACAAAUUAAACAAUGGUACAUACAUUUGGAGCGAAACCUAUCAGUUUAGAUCAGCUCCCUUUCCUGGGCAGAAGUCUUUACAACGUGUAGUCAUAUUUGGUGAUAUGGGGAAGGAUGAAGUGGAUGGUUCCAAUGAAUACAACAAUUUCCAACGUGGCUCCAUUAACACUACCAAGCAGCUUAUCCAGGACUUAGAAAACAUUGACAUGGUUUUCCAUAUUGGAGAUAUAUCUUAUGCAAAUGGAUACAUUUCCCAGUGGGAUCAAUUUACAGCACAGGUGGAGCCAAUUGCAUCAACUGUGCCUUACAUGAUUGCAAGUGGAAACCAUGAGCGAGACUGGCCUGGGACAGGAUCCUUUUAUCAGAACAUGGAUUCUGGAGGAGAAUGUGGUGUGUUGGCAGAGACUAUGUUCUAUGUCCCUGCUUCAAACAGGGCUAAGUUCUGGUAUUCAAUUGACUAUGGUAUGUUCCGCUUCUGUAUUGCUGACACUGAACAUGAUUGGAGAGAAGGAACAGAACAAUACAAGUUCAUUGAGCAUUGUUUGGCAACAGUUGACAGACAAAAACAGCCAUGGCUAAUAUUCCUUGCACAUAGGGUGCUUGGUUACUCUUCUUGUAUCUGUUAUGCAGAAGAGGGAUCAUUUGCUGAACCAAUGGGGAGAGAGAGCCUUCAAGGGCUCUGGCAAAAAUACAAGGUGGACAUUGCCAUCUAUGGCCACGUGCACAAUUAUGAGAGGACAUGCCCCAUAUACCAGAAUAUCUGCACCAAUGAAGAGAAACAUCACUGUAAGGGAACAUUAAAUGGGACAAUACAUAUUGUUGCUGGUGGUGCUGGGGCAAGUCUUUCAACUUUUACUUCCCUCAAAACCAAAUGGAGUAUCUUUAAAGACUAUGAUCACGGAUUUGUAAAACUAACUGCAUUUGAUCAUUCAAAUUUGUUGUUUGAGUACAAGAAGAGCAGAGAUGGGAAGGUUUAUGACUCCUUCAAAAUAACACGGGAUUAUAGAGACAUCUUGGCCUGCACCAUGGAUAGUUGCCCAAGUAUAACUAUGGCAUCUUGA